AUGGAAUUCCUGCUCGGUGGUGCCUCGUCGAUGUGUGCCGUGCUGUUUACAAACCCUUUGGACGUGCUCAAGACACGCCAACAACUUGAGGGUGAGCUGAUAGCCAAACAGAACCUUACGCAGCGAUCCUACAAGGGAAUCCGCCAGUCCGUCAUAACGGUGAUCCAGACGGACGGUUGGCGUGGUUUGCAAAAGGGUCUGCCAGCCGCGCUACUCUUUCAACUCUCCAUGAACAGCGUCCGGCUGGGGACGUACCAGACGGCGGAGAAUCUCGGUUGGACGAGGAGUACCAAGCAUCCCUCACUGACACCGUUGCUGUCACUGUUCUGGGGAGGUUGCGCUGGACUGGCAAGUGCUACUGCAUCCUGCCCAUUCUACGUGGUGAAGACACAGCUUCAGGCCGUCACAUCCGGAUCGUACACGGCACGCUUUCAACAUCACCAUAGUGGCACCGUGUCGGCUUUUGUGAAUAUCUACCGGCAGAGUGGAAUUCGUGGACUGUUCCGAGGGUUUCCAGCAUCCGCAUCGCGACUCGGGGUCGGAUCGGCCGCUGAAAUGGCUUCCUUUAGCGUGUGUAAAGGGUUCUUCUUGCGCUACCAACCGUUCCAAGAGUCCAUUGUGCUGACCGCACUGGCCAGUAGUAUCGUAGCGGGAUUUUUCACCAGUGUUCUAAUGUGUCCGUGCGAUGUGGUGACGACACGCAUGACUAACCAAGCCGUAUCUGCCAACGGGAAAGGGUUGUUGUACACCAACAUCUUCGAUUGCUUCCUGAAGAUCUACCGAUCGGAAGGCAUCCACGGUUACUACAAGGGAUUCGUGCCAAUGUACCUGCGUGUGGCUCCACACACGAUGCUUAACCUCACCUUCUGGGAGUUCUUCAAGGGUCUUCAUCAGCGAUAUAGAAAGCAUAGUUACAGAAUAAUGACUUAA